ACAAUAGCCUUGCUUCCAGGGCUGUAUUUGUGCAUCUUUUCGGAAGUCUUCAGAGUUACUCGUUUUCCUGAACAACCUCCUCAUGUCCUGGGAAGUGUGGCUCAGUUUAAUGACUCUAGGCUAGUGGUGGCAUAUACACCAAUCACCAACGUAACACAGAGGAUAAUGAAUAAGAUGGCCUUGUCUUCCUUUAUGAAAGGAAGAACAAUUAUUGGGACACCUGAUGAAGAAACCAUGGAUGCAGUACUUGCAAAAAAGUACAUUGAACUGGUGGGAAUUGUGUUUAGUGAUACUUUUUCAUACCGGCUAAAGUUUAAUUGGGGACAUAGAAUCCCAAAUAUAAAGGAACACUCAGAUUACUCAGAACACUGCUGGGAUAUGCAAGGUGAAAUGUAUUGUCACUUGACAGCGUAUUGGCGAAAUGGAUUUGUGGCUUUUCAAACUGCAAUUAAUGCUGCAAUUAUAGAAGUCACAACCGAUCAUUCUGUGAUGAAGGAGCUGACAUCAGUUAUUGGAAUAAAUAUGAAGAUACCACCCUUCAUUUCUAAAAUAGGAGUCUUCUAUGAAUGGUUUAUUUUCACUUGUGUAGGCUGUUUCUCUUCUUUUGUAUACUUUGCAUCGGUAAAUGUUACAAGGGAACAGAAAAAAUUCAAGAAACUGAUGACAGUAAUGGGUCUCCGAGAGUCAGCAUUCUGGCUAUCCUGGGGAUUGAUGUAUGCUGGCUUCAUCUUGGUCAUGUCCAUUUUUAUGGCUCUGGUCAUAACGUUGAUUCCAGUUAUAAUCCAUACUGGCUUCAUGGUGAUAGUCACACUUCUUAGCUUAUAUGGCUUUUCUUUGAUAGCACUGGCUUUCCUUAUGAGCGUGUUAAUAAAGAAACCCAUGCUUGCUGGUUUUGCUGGAUUUCUCUUCACUGUAUUUUAGGGAUGUCUGGGAUUCACUGUGUUACGCAGACAACUUCCUUUAUCUUUGGAAUGGGUACUAGGUCUUCUUAGCCCUUUCGCCAUAACUGCUGGGAUGGCCCAGAUUGCACACAUGGAUAAUGACCUGAGUGGUAUUAUUUUUCCUGAUCCCUCUGGAGAUUCAUACAUAAUGAUUGCCACUUUCCUCAUUUUGGCCUUUGAUACUCUUCUCUAUUUGAUAUUGGCAUUAUAUUUUGAGCGAGUUUUACCUG